AUGACUGUUAGAGCCAAGGAGAAACAAGAGCGAAUGAAGGUGUUAGUAAAGCUUGAGGAAGAGUUGUUGGAAGCGCGUGGAAAACUGAAUGCACUCGACGCAACUAAUGCUGAAAUAAGAACGGUCGAGCAGCGUAAUGAGCUACUUGACCUGCCAAGGUCUCUGGUGUUACUCGAACAAAAGAUACAACUACUAGCUGACGAGGUUGGAUACACCGAAUUAAUAAAUGUGCGGAGAGGACCAGACGCUCAGGUGAAGUCAGUUCUAGCUGUCCAGGUGGCUCUUGGGUUUUUGUAUGAGGCGAAGUUUGACGUUAUUCAACAAGUUGCCAACGCCGCAAUCAGGACGGGGGCGACUCAGCAGCCACGUAAUGACUUGCGGCAUGCAAGUAAGUACAAUGAAAGGUACCGUCCGGCCCACCGGCUACAAGAACCGAGCUUGGACGAGGUGGUUGCAAUGGAUCUGUUAGAUCCCUUUUGGGAUGAGGUUGCACUCAAUCAUCAAGAUGAGCCUUGGGCAACCUGUCAGAGUACCAAGGAUGGGAUAGUUGCCCUGCGAAACAAGGUUGCAUGUGAAGAGGAACUACGCCGUCUCGGACGCGAGGUCAGACAGCUAGUGCGACGGGGGCUUGACUUUGAAGCACGAGUGGAAGCAUGUAAACCCAGUGACGCAAAUGGUGAGUUGCGAAUAGCAGAGUGGUCUUCAAUCUAUAGUGGGCUGGCCAAACGCACAUGUCGGUUGUGGAAGCAUUGGGAUCGUGGCCUCCUGGAAGUUCUCCAGGCUACUCAUAAUCACGUGGGAGUAAGUGUAGAAAGCGAUAAUAUGCUGAUAGUGAAGUGGGAGAGAAUGGUCUCCCGCACCCAACGCACCUGGGCCGAGAUUCUCGGGGUUCUGAUUCUAGAGGGAGACUUCCCAGAUGAGGUAGAUGACUGGGCAGAAGAGGAAUUCGACGACCAUCCAAUGGAUGCCUAUUGGAUGGCGGGGUGA